AUGAGCCUUGGUUGCAACCAGGUAAGAGAUGAAAAAGGAGUGAAAAGAUGGAAACAAGUUGAAGUGAGUUUGGAAGAUCAUAUCAUCAUACCAGAGUUAUUCUCUCCUGAUAUGUCCAUAGAAUCAUGUACUGAAUGCUUCAAUGAGUAUGUCUCCAGGAUAGCAAUGGAGCAGCCACCACGUUUCAAACCAUUAUGGCAGCUUCACAUCAUCAAAAACCCGAUAAACACCAUCAUAGUUCAGUUCCACCAUUCGCUUGGAGAUGGCUACACUCUCAUGAGCAUCCUUUUCUCUUGUCUAAAAAGAGCCGAUGAUCCCUCUCUCCCUUUAACUUUUCCUUCACUCAAAUCAUCAAAAGUGAAACUUGCCAACCAAAGCUGUUUGAGGAGAUUGCCUAGUUUCAUCUCUGCUAUCUACUAUUCUAUUGCAGACUUUGGUUGGAACUUACUCAAAAGUACCUGGGUUAAAGACGACAUAUCACCAAUAAGGUCCAAAAAUGAAGGAGUCGAGUUUCGCCCAGCCACCAUACUCAACAUCACAUUUUCCCUCGAACAGACCAAGGAAAUCAAGUCCAAAUUGGGAGUGACUGUAAACGAUGUGAUUACGGGAGUAAUAUUCUACGGGAUUCGAUUAUACAUGCAAGACAUUGAGUACGAAUCGAAGACAAAUAAUUGCACCCUAUUAACCAUGAUGAGCACGAGGGACGUGGAGAGGUACACAACGGCAAAAGAUAUGCAAGAGAGUAAGGGGAAGGGUAGAUUGGGGAACCAGAUAAUCUACUUGCAUACAUCGAUUCCCAAAUUAAACGACAUCCUAAUUUCGAACCCUCUUCAAUCUGUGUGGGAAGCGCAUCGGGAAAUCAAGAGGAAGAGACGUUCUUUCGCUAUUGUUCUCAUUGAGAAGCUUCUUCGCAUCCAGCAUCGGUUCAGAGGCCCUGAGGCAAUGGCUAAGCACUUGCACAGGGCAAUCAGAAAUACAAGCUUAAUGGUGUCCAACAUUGUUGGACCAGUACAUCAAGUGGCUUUUGAAAAUUAUCCCAUAAAAAGCUUCUACUUCACCGGGUCUGGCCUCCCUCAGAGUGUUUUAAUUACAAUAAUGAGCUAUAAUGGGAAGUUGACAGUGACCACCAGAGCUGAAGCCGACUUCAUAGAUCAUCCAAAAUUAGCGUCGUACUUGAACAGUGCCUAUGAGAUGAUCCGCAAAGCUGCUUUGGGGAUUCCAAGUCAAGAGGAAAAGGGAAUAAAAAAACACUUAUAA